GAUUUUGAGCCGAGUAUGGAUCACACCGUUCUGGGCUAGAAAGCUGUUAGGCCUACACUACUAGAACAUAUCAUUACUCAUACAUGCAGCAUAACUAAGGAGUGAAAAAUUGUCUGUACUAGGUGUUAUUGAUUUCCCGUGAACGAUGUCGUUUGUUCAAUGGCUGAGGAAAGGAACUUAACUUACGGAACAACGUCACAAUAUUACGAGGAGACAAAGGACCUGCAAAUACUAUAAAAUAAAUCCCCGCGGAAAGCAGGACAGUUUGUAUCAGUGAACUCAAUCCGACGUACUUGUCUCAGCCCGUGAGCAACGAGAAGAGGUAUCGAGGAACCGCGCCAACUCAACCGAAGUGACAAAUUGUAAACAUCUAUCGCAACAAAAAUUGCUUUUUCUCCGUUGAAUACCGUCAGCCAGUGGUUACCAUUGCUAGAAAUGGCUUCGAUCCUGCCAGCUGCUCUCGGCGGUGGUGAAAGCGACCGUGUACUGAAAUCGAUGGACGCCAACCGGUAUGCCACCAAGAAGACGAUCGCCCAGGGCAUGCUGGAUAUUGCGCUGUUGACGGCCAAUGCGUCUCAGCUGAAAUAUAUCCUUCAGGUUGGCGAAAAGCACGAGUUUUACACACUGAUGCUGACGUUGAUCAGUAUCUCCAUCAUCCUACAGCUCGUUGUGGGGAUCUUGUUUGUGGUAAUCGGUAGCUUAAACAUAAAUCGCAAGCCGGAACAAACAACAGCCAUCAUACUAAACGACAUCAUACUAGUAUUGAUAUUUCUCCUUUCACUAAUUAAUGUUAUAAUAUCGGGUUUCGGUAUAGAAUACUCAUCGCAACCUCUGCGAUUGCUUGAGCGAGAAAAAUAUGAUUCCACUACAGCAACUACUAACAGUGCGAGCAAAAUCACCUAAAAUUCCUCAAUCAACAAAGUACAGUGUAAUACUAACCUUCCUAACAGAUCCCAUUCAAAUAACCUCAUCCACAGGUUUCGGCCGCCAUGAUGGCUGUCAUACUAACACUGGUUAAUUUUCACAAAGGUGAAAUUCAGCAACGUGUAGCCAACAUUUUGAAUCAUUUCUCGCUGGGAUUUGUGGUGAUAGCGCUGUUCUGCGAUGUCAUCAAAAUGAAUUUCGGACUGGAUCCGGCGGUACCUUAUAUUCAUAACUAAAAUCUACGCAUUUCUGUUUCGUUUUG